AUGCCGCCAAAGAGGAGGGCGGUUCCGAAGGUGAGACCUGCCCCUCGUAAGGCACCCGCGAGAGGUGGUCCCAUCAAUGAACCUUCCACGGUCGGGGAUGCUGUUCCGGGUCGCUCUGCGAGGGAUGACGCUAGGCAAAACCGCCGAACCCAUCACCAUGCCGACAACUUUGAUGCCGCUCUCGAACCGUUCUACUACGAUAAAUCUCUGACCGAUCCGAUCGAUACUGCCCGUGAUAAAUGGAACCUUCUCCCCGCAUUCCUCAAGGUCAAAGGACUGGUCAAACAACAUAUCGAAUCCUUCAAUCACUUUGUCGAAGUCGAACUGAAGAAGAUUAUCGAUGCUGAACCGGUGAUAACAAGCGACAUCGAUCCGGACUUCUACAUCAAAUACCAGAACAUCUAUGUUGGGAAACCGCGACGAUACGAUGAGCAGUGGAUGGGAGAUGUGCGAGAUUCCAAGGAUGAAUCCACCGUGACCCCGAAUGAGUGUCGGCUGCGGGACAUGACAUAUGCUGCUCCCAUCCUCGUGGACGUUCAGUACACCAAAUCAAAGACGGCCUAUCGAAGAAAGGGAAUGCCAAUCGGCCGCUUGCCGAUUAUGCUGAGGAGCUCCAGAUGUGUUCUGGCCAACAAGACCGAAGCAGAAAUGUGCGCCAUGGACGAAUGCCCACUCGAUCCUGGCGGAUAUUUCAUCGUCAACGGAACGGAGAAGGUGAUUCUGGUCCAGGAGCAACUCAGCAAGAAUCGAAUCAUCGUCGAGGCCGACCCGAAAAAGGACAUGAUCACGGCCUCCGUCACCAGUUCCACUCACGCCAGAAAAUCGAAGAGUUAUAUCGUCCUCAAAAAGGACUUACUCUAUAUGAGGCACAAUAUUCUGAAUGAAGACGUGCCGGUCUGUAUUCUAUUGAAAGCAAUGGGAGUGACCUCAGACAUGGACAUGAUGGCGAUUGUUGCGGGACCGGAUGGCACCUUACAAGACGACUUCGCCAUCAACUUCGAAGAAACGGUCAAAUAUCAGAUUCAUACGCAGCAACAGGCCUUGGACUAUCUUGGAGCUCGGAUAAAAAUUACCCGCAAACCCACCCCCUUUGGACAAUCGCGCAGGAACUAUGUCCAGGAAGCAUUGGAGGCCAUCAGUGGCGUCUUCAUUGCGCACGUCCCGAUUGAAAAUCUCGACUUCCGACCCAAGGCUCUAUAUGUGGCACACAUGGCUCGACGCGUUCUCAUGGCCAAGCGGAAUCCUGCUCUUGUCGAUGACAGAGACUAUGUCGGCAACAAACGGUUGGAGUUGGCAGGGCAAUUGCUCUCUCUCCUUUUUGAGGACUUGUUCAAGAAAUACAACUACGACAUCAAGAUGAACAUGGACAAAGUUCUGCGAAAACCUAAUCGAACUGAAAUGGCGGAUCCCUGUGUCAUCAUGAUGGGUCACGCCAAUCACAUCACCCAAGGAAUGAAUAGAGCCAUUGCCACGGGGAACUGGAAUUUGAAACGUUUCCGAAUGGACCGGGCCGGUGUCACCCAUCUACUAAGCCGGUUGAGUUUUAUUGCCUCUCUCGGUAUGAUGACUCGCAUAUCAAGUCAAUUUGAGAAGACUCGCAAGGUCAGUGGGCCGAGAGCCCUUCAGCCAUCGUCUUUCGGUAUGCUUUGCCCGGCCGACACGCCCGAAGGUGAAGCUUGCGGGUUGGUCAAAAAUCUCGCCCUCAUGACACACAUCACGACCGAUGACGAAGAGGCGCCCAUCAAGCGGCUUAUUUUCAUACUCGGAGCGGAAGAUAUCGUCACCGUCGGUGGAUUCGAACUCUACGCUCCCGGAUCGUAUCUGGUCCUCUUGAAUGGUACCCCCGUCGCCACCACCAAAACCCCGUCCAUUUUCCUGGCCUCGUUCCGACGUCUACGCCGAUCAGGACGUAUUUCUGAGUUUGUGUCGAUCUUCAUCAAUCAUCAUCAGAGUACCAUUCACGUGGCCACUGAUGAAGGUCGAAUCUGCCGGCCGCUUAUCAUCGUCGACGACAAGAAAUCUAAAGUCACCAAGAGAUAUCUCAAGUCCCUCAGACAGGGGUCCAUGGACUUUGAUGACUUCUUGGCCCGCGGCCUGGUUGAAUAUCUGGAUGUCAACGAAGAAAACGACAGCAACAUUGCAAUGUAUGAGUCCGACAUCGAUGCCACCACAACUCAUUUGGAAAUUGAGCCCUUUACCAUCCUAGGUGCAGUCGCCGGAUUAAUCCCCUACCCUCAUCACAAUCAAUCUCCGCGAAACACUUAUCAGUGUGCGAUGGGUAAGCAAGCUAUCGGAUUCAUCGCGAAUAAUCAGUUCCUGAGGAUUGAUACAUUGCUUUACCUCAUGGUCUACCCUCAAAAGCCACUCGUGAAGACCAGAACCAUCGAACUAGUCAAGUAUGACAAACUCCCGGCCGGACAGAAUGCCACAGUGGCCGUCAUGUCGUACAGCGGCUACGAUAUUGAGGAUGCCCUGGUGCUUAACAAGGCAUCAAUUGAUCGUGGCUUUGGUCGUUGUCAGGUUCUCCGAAAAUAUCCAGUGAGCUUGAAACUUUAUGCCAAUGGUACCAAAGACACAAUCGAAGCACCUACCAAGGAGAAUGAUAUUCCCAUCAAAGCACAUGCCUUGCUUGAUGAUGAUGGAAUUGCAUGUGUCGGUGCCAAAGUCAGCCAAGGCGAAGUGUACGUCAACAAGUAUGUGCCUGAAAAUGCCAAUUCUUCUGGCCUGUCAGAUACGGGCUCCAACAGCCUGGGAACUGCUCUGAUACCUCAGUCACAAAAGUACCGUCUACCCGACCCAAGUUAUAUCGACAAAGUGAUGGUAUCAGAGGUCGAGUCGGGGAAUCAACUCGUCAAGGUUCAGACACGUCAGACCAGGGUUCCGGAGGUGGGGGACAAAUUUUCCUCCAGGCACGGGCAAAAAGGGGUCGUGGGAAUUAUUGCCGAACAAGUGGACAUGCCGUUCUCCGAUCUGGGUAUAACGCCCGACAUCAUCAUGAAUCCCCAUGGUUUUCCGUCUCGAAUGACUGUUGGCAAGAUGCUGGAGCUUGUUUCCGGCAAAGCCGGCGUCCUCAAAGGAAAAUUCGAGUAUGGAACUGCCUUUGGAGGCAGUAAGUUGGAAGACAUGUCCCGAGCACUCAUCGAAGCAGGUUACAGUUACGACGGCAAGGACUAUCUUACAUCCGGGAUCACGGGUGAACCUCUCCCGGCCUACGUCUUCACAGGCCCUAUCUAUUAUCAGAAGCUGAAGCACAUGGUCCAAGACAAAAUGCACAGCCGUUCUCGAGGGCCACGAGCCAUCCUCACACGCCAGCCAACGGAAGGUCGAUCAAGGGAUGGAGGCCUCCGGCUGGGGGAAAUGGAGCGAGAUUGCCUCAUUGCCUAUGGUGCAUCACAAUUGCUGCGGGAGCGCCUGAUGCUGUCAAGUGACAAGCAUGAAGUCGACAUCUGCGAGGCUUGCGGAUUCAUGGCAUUUGGACGGUGGUGUCAACGAUGCAGCACCGCAGGUGAAACUGGAUCCAAUGUUGUCAGAAUGACGCUGCCGUAUGCAUUCAAACUGUUGCUCAAUGAGCUUAGCAGUAUGAAUGUCAAUGCAAAGUUGAUCGUCUCGGAUGAGUUUCCUUCUGAUGGAUCUAGGAGGGCAUGA